UUCACACAGUUCGAGAGAAUGGUGAGCUCAACCAAAGGAAAAUUGUGUGUAACUGGGGCUUCAGGCUUUGUUGCCUCUUGGCUCAUCAAGAAACUCCUUGAGUCUGGAUAUCAUGUGAUAGGGACUGUUAGAGACCCAGGGAAUCGAAGAAAGGUGGGACACCUUUGGAAACUACCAGGUGCAAACGAGAGGCUCCAACUUGUGAGAGCUGAUCUACUGGAGGAAGGGAGCUUUGACGAUGCUAUCAGGGCUUGUGAGGGUGUCUUCCACAUUGCGUCGCCUGUCCUCGGGAAAUCUGAUUCCAAUUGCAAGGAAGCAACACUUGGUCCUGCAAUCAAUGGUACCCUCAACGUGCUAAGAUCCUGCAAGAAGAGUCCAUUUCUCAAAAGGGUUGUUCUCACAUCUUCAUCAUCCGCGGUAAGGAUUAGGGAUGAAACUCAGCAGCCAGAACUGUUAUGGGAUGAAACGACAUGGAGCUCCGUGCCACUCUGUGAAAAGCUACAGCUAUGGUAUGCCCUGGCAAAGAUAUUUGCAGAGAAAGCAGCAUUGGACUUUGCCAAGGAGAAUAACAUUGACCUUGUGACAGUUCUUCCGUCAUUCGUAAUUGGACCAAGUUUAUCCCAUGAAUUGUGCACUACUGCUUCAGAUAUCCUUGGCUUACUUCAAGGUGACACGGACAGGUUCACUUUGUACGGAAGGAUGGGAUAUGUUCACAUCGAUGAUGUUGCACGGAGCCACAUUCUAGUGUACGAAACACCGGAGGCAACUGGCAGAUAUCUGUGCAGCUCAGUUGUUCUGGAUAACAACGAAUUGGUUGGCUUACUUGCGAAACAGUUUCCAGUAUUCCCCAUUCCAAGGAGGCUCAAGAACCCCUAUGGAAAGCAGGCAUAUCAGCUAGACACAUCCAAGCUCCAGGGGCUGGGUCUCAAGUUCAAAGGAGUGCAUGAGAUGUUCAAUGACUGCGUCGAGUCGCUGAAAGAUCAGGGCCAUUUGCUGGAGUGCCCGUUGUGAUAGCAGAGACAGCAUGAACAAGCCAUAGCCAAACACAUCUCAACUAUGUCUGAAUCAUGUCAGUUCUCGAGUCAUAGAUUUUUUUUCUCUUCAAAUAAUUCCCUUGUACUCUCCUUACUAUACCAAACAUCAAUUGUCAGGGGCAGAUUAAAUGUUUCCAUAUGCUUUGCAAUUGUUUCAAUUAGUAAUGAAAAAUUUGAAACAUUGAAUGGAACUCAGUUACCUUUA